ACAGCGCUAAUGAUUGCUUGCCAAUACGGACAUGUGAACGUCGCCAGAGUCCUCAUAGAGGGUGGAGCUUCGCUUGAUUCACAUGAUCGACAUGGGGAUACGGCUCUUAUCAUGGCCGCUAGCAGUGGGCAUUCCUCAAUAGUUCGACUUGUGGUUGAAUCUAGCACUUUUGUUGGGUCAGGCCCCGAUCAGUGUUUGAAUGCACUCCUGAAGGCUGCGGAGAGGGGUCACUUGGAAGUGAUACAAUGCCUACUGGAAAAUAACGCAGAUAUCAAUGCUCGAGGUCCAAAUGGGGCAUCGGCGCUGAACAUUGCCUGU